AUGACGGACAGCUUCAAAAAUGCCAUGAUCAACCGGUCGCUCGGCGACAUCAAGAACAACCUCCAAUUCCUCGUCGAGUCCAACGUCAUCACGUCGGCCCAGCACGAUAUCAUCGCCGCCCAGCUGCCCGUGUCGGCCGAGAACCCUCUCUCCCCCCCCUAA